AGCCGCGCGGGCCCUCCCCAAGAUGGAGGGCUGGCGAGGAGCUUGGUAUGUGCCAUGUCUAGCUUCAAUUGAGACCCUCCAAGAAUUAUGUAGGAAGGAAAAUCUCAGAUGUAAAUCCAUUGGAAUCACCAACAAGAGUCUAAAGAGAUAUGAGGUGGAAUAUUUGUGUGACUACAAGGUAGAAGAGGGCACAAAAUACUAUCUUGUGAAAUGGAAAGGAUGGCCAGAAUCUUCAAAUACUUGGGAACCUCAGAAAAAUCUGAAUUGCCCAUUGCUUCUUCAGAACUUUCUUAGUGACAGGGAUGAAUACCUGUCUCGAUUGAGAGAAGGCAAAGCACUGAAAUUAAGAAACCACCUUAAAGCUUUGAAACCAGCAGUUACAGAUUACAUUGUAAAGAAAGCUAAGCAAAGAAUAGCUCUGAAGAGAUGGAAAGAAGAACUCAACAGGAAAAAGAACCAUAAAGCAAUGAUUCUGGUAGAAAACACUGUGGAUCUUGAAGGCCCUCCUAUAGACUUCUACUACAUUAAUGAGUAUAAACCAGCUCCAGGAAUAAAUGUAAUAAAUGGAAUAACGACUGGCUGUGAAUGUGCUGACUGCCCUGCUGAAAAGUGCUGUCCGAAGGAGGCUGGAUUUAUUUUGGCUUACAAUAAACAUAAGAAGUUGAAAAUCCAGCCUGGCUUGCCCAUCUAUGAAUGCAAUUCAUUUUGUAGGUGUGGGCCUGACUGCCCUAAUAGGAUAGUACAGAAAGGUACACCAUAUUCUCUUUGCAUCUUCAGAACUAACAAUGGCCGUGGUUGGGGUGUAAAAACCCUCCAGACAAUUAAAACCAACAGUUUUGUGAUGGAGUAUGUUGGAGAGGUGAUUACAAGUGAGGAAGCAGAGAGACGAGGUCAGCUAUAUGACAACCAGGGAAAUACAUACUUGUUUGAUUUGGACUAUGAUUCAGAUGAAUUUACAGUAGAUGCAGCUCGAUAUGGAAACGUGUCCCACUUUGUGAAUCACAGUUGUGAUCCAAAUCUUCAAGUCUUCAACGUCUUCAUUGAUAACCUCGACUUGCGUCUUCCUCGAAUAGCACUGUUUUCUACACGAACCAUCAAGGCUGGAGAAGAGCUCACUUUUGACUAUCAGAUGAAAGGUUCAAUAGAUCUGACUUCAGACUCUGCUGAUGGUCUUAGCCCAUCCAAAAAGAGGAUCAGAACUGUCUGUAAAUGUGGAGCUGUGUGUUGCAGAGGUUAUCUCAACUGAGUUUCAGUAUCCAAAGUCACAAAUACUUCGUUCUCUUCUGAAUGUGUUUUAAGAAGACUCCUCUUUCACACAUAUAUCCAAGUAUUCUUACAUCUAAUGUAAAUAAGUACAGUGAAAACAAGGCAUUGCAUUUGUAAUCAAAAUGGCAUUGGCCAAAGAGAGAGAUGUAGUGUUUCAGGCAAAUACAAAACUGAUAACGGGGAUUAAAAAUUGAUUUUUAGAACUGUUAUUUAGGAAGCAGGAAAAUGUAUGCUAAGAAAGCUCUGUAAAAUGUACCUUGAUUUGAAUAUUUGAAUGGCAGUUUAGAGCUGUUGGCCUUUUGCACUGAUUUCAGUGGUAUGAAGUGUUGUUACGUAUUUUCUAUACCUUGAAAAAGUCUGGAGGCAUUUGAGUUUUAUAUCAUAGCUGACAGUUCUUUUGCCUUUCUGUUUUAUCAAGAAAAGCAUCAGGAGAUUAGCAAUAACAUUUAUGGCACUGGGGUGGAGGAUUAAGGACAGGGCAUCAAACUGCAUCUAAAUGGAGGUUCACAGAACACAAACCCUGAGAUGCCCAUUGAGCUCCACGCAAGUAAAACAAGUGGUUUUAGCAGGUUCCAGAUGUAAGAUCAACAUAUUGAGUAUUUUCAGCUCACGUUACAUUAUUUAGAAGUUAAGUAGAAGAUUUUUCAGUUGUGUUCUGAUUUUUUGGUUAGGAUGUUAUAGGAGGCCUGCACUUCUACAGAAAAUGUGUAAAUAUAAGAUGAUCAGUAGUGACAUGUUUUGUUUGCUUUCAUUGCAGAAAUUUGGCAGCAAUUGCUGAAAUUAGUUACUGGCUACCAUUUGGAAAUAGAUAACAAGAGAAUAGGGGGAACAGCCCAUUGUCUGACAGAGGUGUUGGGUGCAAAAAUGCCCUGGGAACUGAUUUGUAUCGACAGCUGGUUUUGAUUCAGUUUUUACAUACUGUGACUUUUUUACCUAGCGACAGUCUUUCAGGAUACUAGGCCUGUUUUUUCUUGUUGCAAAAAUGUUAACUUCAGUGAAGUUAGACGAGGGCUGAGUUCACCCAUUUGCUGUAGACAUUUGUAAGAUGUGCUUGAAUGUAAAGGCUGAGAGAUGUACUGUUGUUCAGCUGCUUGAGUCUUCUUUUUUUUUUUUCUAAUUGUCUUAAAAGUUGUCUCAGUCUGUUCAUAAUGUAUGCUAAGUUUUGCUUGGCUUCAAAAACACUGAAGGGCAAUUUGAGGUAGGUUAUGAGUGGAGUUACAGCCAAGGUCCAUGCUCCGGGGAUGAUUGAAGUGCUUUAUUCUCAUGAAUUGAAAGCUUGUAAAACUUGCAUAUUGCUUGCAAAUAAUGUAAAUGUUGAUAGGGUCAGGCAGAAUAAUGGUGCUCCAUAAAUGGAUGCUCCAUAAAUGGAUGCUCGCUAUGUAUCAUAGGUCAGCUAGUUACCUUUAUAAGGUGCACAGCUGUUGGCUCAGGUGAAUGAAGUCGAGUACCCAGCUUAUAACCGUUUACUUAAUUUGUUAGAAAAUGCCUUAAAUUUCCUGUUAAUUACCAGCACUCCAAAAAAAGAAGUGUGUUUCAAAGGAUAAUACAGGUUGAUUGUUCACCAACAAGCACAGUUGCAUCUGCUCUGAAGAUCCGUCUCUUUGGCAGGAAGUGAAAUUUUUCUCUGCUACAGCCCAAAUUGGUUUCAUGGUUGGGGUGACAAGUCUGGGCCACUGAAAGUGCUCUGUAAGGUUUGUAAUCUACCAGGUGAAGAGAUCCAUGUUGAAAUAGAUACCUUAUAUUGUUUAAUGAAUACGAGAAAGUUUGCUUAGAUUUACAAGUAUUUGGUAUUGCCACCCUCCCCUGUACCCGUGCACUUGGAUAAAUCCUGAAUAGUUAAAUUUUUAUCAUGUCACACCUUUUUUGUUUGUUUUAAUGAUUUUGUUUGUUUUAAUAUAAAGUUGAAGUGGAAUGUGGAGCUUUAAUGUUAGCAAACUCUAAAUGAUCCUUGCAUCAUUUGGAGUCACUAGUGCUUUCUCUUGCAUGUAGCCUCAGGCAGCGAUGCAUUCCAUGUGGGUGGAAUCUCCAGCUCCUUAAUCCACUGCAGUCUGCAGCCCUCCCUGUUGGUACAGGAUGGCAAGAGUGGCUUAGAAACAGAUUCCUUACUAAAUCAGUGUCUCUGGCCUCUCCUGUGCAAGAUGACACAGGGCUGGUUUGACAUGCUUUUUUUCUACCUAUAGCCAUGCCCAGUCUGAUUUAAAAAUUACAAGUAAAUGUAUUCUAAGGAUGUCUUGCUAGUUUUACUUGAGUUUUAGUGUCUGCCUUUUUGUUCAGAGCAGUAAAUGUUACCACCAGCACUGGAAUAACACUGCAAUUCUUUUAAGGAUAUGUGUGUUGCCUCUUGUGCGGUAAAUAAAGGAUCAUUAAUUGAUGUUCUGGGAGGUAACAGUACUUUGUAUUUAUUCAAAGUAAACCCAUGCAUCCAAUUUCGAGCCUUGAACAGUAUUUUCUAUUUAUGUACUCACAGUGCAUUUGCAUUGCAGACAGCAAAUGAGCUUCCUGGGACACUGUGUCACUUUGAAAACUCCUUUUGCUGUUUUUAUGUGUUCGGGGAAAAAACUGCCCAAUUGGAAAAGGAGAAAAAGCUAUUUUCAGUUUCUUAAGGACCCUAAACCAGCCUAGCUUCUGCUUUUGUUUUGCUUUGUGGUCUGUUAGCAUCAUCAUGGCUACCAGGUUCAGUUGUGUAUAAGCACUUCUUAGGGACUGGUAACAUGUAAUCUGUCCUUUACCUGUUCUCUUUGGUUGGGUUGAAUUUUACUUUCUUUUUUUCUUGGUAGCAAAACUAAAGAUGCAAGAUCACCUAUAAGAAAAGCUAUUGUCUAUUUAUUUAAUCUCAAAGGUUAAGUCAAUCUUUUGGUUAUUUCUAAUGUAUGUUUUAGGAAUAUGCAGUUUGUAAGCUCAGGAACAUUUUCUUUUCAUAAAGUGUGAUCUCUAGUGUUGCUAUCUUCCUAUAGUUUUUGAUAAAAUAAAUGAAAUUUAGUUUU